GCCGACUCCAUACCUGCACCCAGGUGCGCUCGCUUUGCGUCUCUCGGUCGCUCUGCUCACCGGAUGGAGCGGGCCCAAGCAGGGUCCGGAGGACACCAACCUGGAGCCGAGUUCCCAAUGGAGCCCUUGGGGAGCCAGGUCGCGGCGCCGGAGCAGCCGCAGGUCCCCGCAGAGGAGCGACAGCUCGAGAGUCCCGAGAGCAGCCCGAGUCUGGCCCGCGCCGCAAAGGAGGCAGCGGGCGCGGGCCAGGACCUCUCCGGCGGGAAGAAGCUGCCCGCGCCUCGCCCGGCGCUCCUGCGGCUCCCGCCCCCCAGCCUGGGCUACGGCGCCUUCCGCCGCCAGGUGUCCGCGGGCUCCGAGCCGCCGUCGCCCGGCCCCGCCUCAGCCGAGCAGCCCCGGGCCGGCGAGGCGCCGGGGGCCGAGCUGGUGCCGGGGGAGCCUCCGCAGGGCGCCUGGGCCCCGGUGGAGCUGCAGGUGGACGUGCGCGUGAAGUCCGUGGGCGUGGCGGGCGGCAGCCGCUCGCCCUCCCCGGCGCCGUCCCCGCGCUUCCUCACCGUGCCGGUGCCCGAGUCCCCGGCCUUCUCCCGCCACGCGUUCCCCGCGCACCCGCUGCUGCCGCGGACCCCCGCCCGGCCCGAGCGCGGCCUCGACGUCGAGGGCCGGGCGAGCCCCGCCGACGGGCGCUCGGAGAGCCCGAGCUCCCCCACGUGCCGCGGCCGCUGCCGGGAGCUGGGGCUGGAGAAGGAGGAGGCCGGCGCGCUGCUGCACCGCGCCGAGACCGGAAGCGACGAGAAGCUGCCCGGGGCCAUUCAGCUCGUAGGGCUGCCUAUGUACAUGAAGUCCCUGCGCUGGGCGCUGGCGGUCAUGGCCGUGUUCCUGGCCAUGUCCGCAGUCGCCAUCGUGGCUCUGGCGUCUAGAGCAGGGACCAGGUGCCGGCCAUGUCCCCGGGGCUGGAUGUGGUUGGAGGAGAACUGCUACUACCUCUCUGCCAAAGCUCAGGCUUGGGAGGCCAGCCAGGCCUUCUGCUUAGCUCACCAGGCUACCCUCCCGCUGCUGAGCCACACCCAGGACUUCCUGAGCAGAUACCCAGUCCCCAAGUACUCCUGGGUGGGAGGGCGAGGCCCCCAGGGCUGGCACUGGAUCGACGGGGCCCCACUGUCGCCCCAGCUACUCCCGGAGGAAGAGGAGGACCAGCCAGAUCUCAAGUGCGGGGGCCUGGAGGGAGGCAAGCUGGUGGCUUUGGACUGUGCCUCUCCAAGACCGUGGGUCUGCGCCAAGGGGACCAAGUGACUUGGCUUCCACCCAUCCUGAGACUCGGGGGCCUGCAGCCACCCCAGGGGAAGCCAGGUUGCCGGCUGGGGUAGCCUCUUCCCUG